AUGUCUUUGCUCAUACCUGGUCCAGAAGCACCUGGAAAUAAUAUUGAUGUAUAUUUGGAGCCAUUGAUUGAAGAGUUAAAGGAUCUGUGGGAAAUUGGAGUUGACACUUUUGAUGCAUCUACAAAGAAAAACUUUAAUUUGCGAGCAUCACUAUUAUGGACUAUUAGUGAUUUUCCAGCAUAUGCUAACUUAUCAGGAUGGAGUACAAAAGGAAAAUAUGCAUGCCCAUGUUGUCAUGAAGAUACUUAUUCUUUGUGGUUGAAGCACAGUAAAAAGCAUUGUUAUAUGGGUCAUCGUCGUUGGUUAGAAAAUAAUCACUCAUUUAGAAACGAUGAAAAGUCUUUUGAUGGCACAAAAGAGAAAAGAAUGGCUCCAACACCAUUAUCUGGUUCUAUGAUAUUGGAUAUGCUAGAAGGCUACGAAAUUAAAUUUGGAAAGAAAGUUAAUAAUUCUCAAUUGCCAUAUGGUUGGAAGAAAAUGAGUAUAUUUUUUGAAUUACCGUAUUGGAAGGAUAAUUUAUUAAGACACAAUCUUGAUGUGAUGCAUAUUGAAAAAAAUGUAUGCGAAAGUUUAGUUGGAACUUUAUUGAGUUUAGAUAUAAAAAACAAAGACAAUUUGAAUGCGCGUCUUGAUCUAAAGUUUAUGGGUAUUAGAUUUGAACUUCAUCCAAAGGAGAGCGAAUAUAAGAGAACUGUCAUACCGUCUGCUUGUUUUACAUUAAGCAAAUAUGAAAAAAUUGUCUUCUGUCAAUUUCUAGAGAAAAUUAAGGUCCCAUAUGGAUAUGCUGCCAAUAUUUCUAGAUGUGUUAAUGUGAUACAACAAAAAAUUCAUGGGCUCAAAAGUCAUGAUUUUCAUAUUAUUAUGACUCAAUUACUACCACUAGCAUUGAGAGGAAUAUCAAGUUCACGUGUUCGUCUACAUAUAACUGCUUUAAGUAAUUAUUUUCGCAUGAUGUAUUCAAAAGUUGCUCAACCACAAGAUUUUAUGCAACUUGAACAAGAAAUAUCAGUCACUCUUUGUAAUCUUGAAAAAUUAUUCCCUCCGUCAUUUUUUGAUAUAAUGGUUCAUUUGGUGAUACACUUAGCUUAUGAGGCGAGAAUUGCUGGACCAUCAGUUUAUCAUUGCAUGUAUCCUAUUGAAAGGUACUUGUCUAAGUUGAAAUCAUACGUUCGAAACAGAAGCAAACCAGAAGGUUGUAUUGCUGAAGGAUAUUUAGCUGAUGAAUGUUUGACAUUUUGCUCAAGAUACAUGGAAGGCGUGGAGACAAAGUUUAAUCGCAAGCCUAGAAAUUACAGUAAUUUGGAAGUCAAUGAAAAUUUGCUUCCUAUUUUCCAAAUGACGGGCCGAAAUUUGGGAAAAAAGUAUAUUAAGAGUUUAAAUGAGGAUACUAAAGUUAAGGCACAUCGAUAUGUGCUAUUUAAUUGCAAUGUCGUGGACUCAUUCAUUGAGGAACAUCGUAAUAUUAUUGCACAACAAAAUUCUCGUCAAAGAGCAAUGACUAUAGAUCGGAUUCAUAGUCAGUCAUUUCCAUCAUGGUUUGGAAAAAAGGUAGAAGAAUUAUAUGAUAACGGAGAUAAUCGAAUUUCUGACGAUUUACAUUAUUUAGCUAAAGGACCAAACAAUGUUUUCAUUAAAUUCAAAAAAUAUGUAAUAAAUGGUUUCAAAUUCCACACAAAAGCAGUUGAGAAGAAGUUAAAAACUCAAAAUAGUGGAGUUAUUAUGACUGCCAAGACUCAAAGUUUUGCAAGUAGUAGUGAUCCAAAUCCUGUUUUUGGAGAUGUUACAUUUUAUGGGGUAUUAACUGAUAUUAUAGAGCUAGAUUAUUCUUCGGGAAAUCGCGUUGUGUUAUUUAAGUGUGAUUGGAUUUCCAGAAGUGGAAUUAAAAAAGAAAAAGAUUGCACAAGAGUCAACCUUUCAAAAUUGAUGCGUGAAGAUGAGCCAUUCAUACUAGCAUCUCAAGCUGAACAAGUAAUGUAUGUGGAAGACCUCAAACACAUAGGAUGGCAUGUUGCUGUAAAAAUAAAUCCUAGAGAUUAUUAUAAUAUGAGCGUGCACUCACACGAUGAGAAUGUAGAAUCUUAUUUGCAAAGUGAAAUGUGUAGUACAAAUUUUGAUGUUGAGGAUGGAGAUAUCAAUUUGAUAAGGAAUGAUAUUGAAGACAUAGCUAUCGAUACAUUGGUGUCAAUUGGUACAAAUGACAUGGGUGAAGAAGAACCUUAG